CAGAGCAGGAUGCUGAGAGAGGCUGCUCGGGUUGAAUGGAGGCGACAAGAUGCCGUCUAAAGCGGCGAAGAAGAGGAAUUAACAUCGAUCAAGAUCUGACUUUGAUGUGCUCCACCCAUUAAGGCAUGAAAUAAAUCACCCAUGUGCGGUUCAGAGGGUCAGAGCAGUCUCAUUUCAGCGCGCUCCUGUUAAGGACCGUCUGGUGGCUACACCGCUGAUUCACAGGACAUGUACGGCAGUGCCAGAGCAGUAGGCCAUAUAGAGAGCAGCCCCGCACGGUCCCCGCGCCUGCCAAGGUCCCCCAGACUGGGCCAUCGGAGGGCCAACAGCGGGGGCGGGGGUGGUGCGGGGGGAAAGACGCUCUCCAUGGAGAACAUCCAGUCACUCAACGCUGCCUAUGCCACUUCAGGGCCCAUGUACCUGAGUGACCACGAGGGCGUGGGCUCCACUGCCACCUACCCAAAAAGCACUAUGACUCUGGGUCGCGCCACCAGCCGGGCCAUGUACGGGGGCCGCGUCACAGCCAUGGGCAGCAGUCCCAACAUCGCUUCAGUGGGGCUGCCCCAUGCUGACCUUCUGUCUUACAGUGACCUGGGCUCUCUCUCCAUGCUGCACCACCACCACCACCACCAGGGGGUGCCCUCCGCUCUGCUGAGGCAGGCGGUGCGGGGCAGUGGGGGGGAGCUGCUGGAGAUGCAGGUCCAGCUCAGGGAUAUGCAGAGGGAAAAUGAGCUGCUGCGCCGCGAGCUUGACCUGAAAGAUAGUAAGUUGGGAUCUUCCACCAACAGCAUCAAGAGCUUCUGGAGUCCUGAACUAAAGAAGGAGAGGAUAAUGAGGAAAGAGGAGGCGGCUCGCACAUCAAUCCUUAAAGAGCAGAUGAGAGUCACUCAUGAGGAGAACCAGCAUCUCCAGAUGACCAUCCAGGCUCUCCAGGACGAGCUGCGCACACAGCGAGACCUGAACCACCUGCUGCAGCAGGAGGGUGGCAACCGCUCCGCCUCCGACCACUACACCAACAUCGAGCUGACGGAGGAGAACUUCCGCCGGCUGCAGGCCGAACAUGACAGGCAGGCCAAGGAGCUCUUCUUGCUGAGAAAGACCCUGGAGGAGAUGGAGCUGAGGAUCGAGACCCAGAAGCAGACGCUGGGCGCCAGAGACGAGUCCAUUAAGAAGCUGCUGGAGAUGCUGCAGAGUAAAGGGCUGCCCCCGGGGCCGGGCCGGGUCUCCGAGGAGGAGGAGCAGGAGAGAGCGAGGCGCAUCGCUGAGGCGGAGGCUCAGCUCGGACACCUGGAGGUCAUUCUGGAUCAAAAGGAGAAGGAGAACAUCCAUCUGCGAGAGGAACUGCACAGAAGAAAUCAGUUGCAUCAGGAUCCAAGCAAAACCAAGGCCCUGCAGACCAUCAUAGAGAUGAAAGACACCAAAAUUGCCUCUCUGGAGCGCAACAUUCGGGAUCUGGAGGAUGAGAUCCAAAUGCUGAAGGCGAACGGCUUACUGAACACAGAGGACAGAGAGGAGGAGAUCAAGCAGAUGGAGGUCUACAAGAACCACUCUAAGUUUAUGAAGACCAAGAUUGACCAGCUGAAGCAGGAGUUGUCAAAGAAGGAGUCGGAGCUGCUUGCUCUGCAAACGAAACUAGAGACCCUCAACAACCAGAACUCCGACUGCAAACAGCAUAUCGAGGUGCUCAAAGAGUCUCUCACUGCCAAGGAGCAACGUGCUGCCAUCCUGCAAACAGAGGUGGAUGCUCUACGUUUGCGUCUGGAGGAGAAAGAAUCUUUCCUGAACAAAAAGACCAAGCAGCUGCAGGACUUGACGGAGGAGAAGGGCACUCUCGCUGGAGAAAUCAGGGACAUGAAGGACAUGCUGGAGGUCAAAGAAAGAAAGAUCAAUGUCCUGCAGAAGAAGAUCGAGAAUCUGCAGGAGCAGCUGCGGGACAAAGACAAGCAGCUGGGGAACUUGAAGGACAGGGUCAAGUCUCUGCAGACCGAUUCCAGUAACACAGACACUGCUCUGGCCACCCUGGAGGAGGCUCUGUCAGAGAAGGAGAGGAUUAUAGAGCGUUUAAAGGACCAAAGGGAGAGGGAAGACAGAGAACGUCUGGAAGAAGUGGAGUCCUAUAAGAAGGAGAACAAGGACCUGAAGGAGAAGGUCAACAGCCUGCAGAUAGAAUUAACGGAGAAAGAGUCCAGCCUCAUCGACCUGAAGGAACACGCUUCAUCCCUGGCGUCCUCUGGUCUCAAGAAGGACUCAAAGCUCAAGUCUCUAGAGAUCGCCAUCGAGCAGAAAAAAGAGGAGUGUAGUAAGUUGGAGACGCAGUUGCAGAAGCAAGCUGAGCAGCUAUUCAGUCACAUGAACAAUCCUAAGGCCCACGAGGUGGAGCAGCAGUCCAUCCCCAGGGGGAACCCCGAGUAUGUGGACCGCGUGAAGCUGCUGGAGAAGGAGGUGGGCUACUACAAGGACGAGGCCAACAAGGCUCAGACGGAGGUGGAGAGACUCCUGGACAUCCUACGAGAGGUGGAGACAGAAAAGAAUGACAAGGACAAGAAGAUCGCUGAGUUGGAAAGACAAGGAGGCAAAGACCUGACCAAGAAGGGUCCAAACAUCAAACUGGGGCCACAAGGGGACAAGAAAGGCUUAGGACAAGACCCUCGUAAAGACAGCUCCAUGGACGGUUCCCACCACUUAAAGUUGGAGGAGCUGAUGAACACGCUGGAAAGGACGAGGCAGGAGCUGGACUCCACCAAGCAGCGUCUCUCCUCCACGCAGCAGUCGCUGCAGGAGAGGGACGGACACCUGACCAACAUGAGGCAGGAGCGCAGGAAACAGCUGGAGGAGAUACUGGAGAUGAAGCAACAAGCUCUGCUGGCAGCCAUCAGUGAAAAAGAUGCAAAUAUUGCACUGCUUGAACUGUCUGCCUCCAAUAAAAAGAAGACCCAGGAGGAGGUGCUGGUCUUCAAGAGGGAACGGGACAAACUGAUGCACCAGCUCAAACAACACACACAGAGCAGAAUGAAGCUGAUAGCCGACAACUAUGAAGACGAGCAAUACCAUCCACACGGUCCUCACCAGCCUCAGCCGCCACACGCUCAGCCUCAGCCCCAGCCGCAAUACCCCCACACUCCACACGCCCCCCACGCUCCCCACGCUCCUCACGCCCCCCACGCUCCUCACGCUCCCCACGCCCCCCACCCCCAGCAGACUCCAUAUCCGCACACCAUGCAUCCGCAACAUCCGCAGCACCCGCAGCACCCACAGGCCCCGCAACAGCACCCACACCCACAGCAGCCACAGCCUCAAUACCAACACACUCCUCACCCACAGCAGCACCCCCAGCAGCACCCACAGCACCAACAACCACCUCCCCAGCACCAACAGCACCCACGCCCUCCGCAGCCUCAACACCCGCACCAACAGCACCCGCAGCAUCCUCCGCAGCACCCACACGGAGGACAUCCCCCUCCGCAGCACCCUCACCCUCAGCACCCACACGGCCCUCCCCAACAAGGGCCACACCCCCAACAUCCACAUCCCCAGCACCCUCAACACCCUCAGCACCCACAGCACCCGCACCACGCCCAGCAUCCACGUCACCCAUCGCCCCAUCAUCGUGGAGGGCCGGCCCGAGGCCCCCCACACGCUGGUCACCGCCCUGCCCCGGACCAGGAUGAUGACGAGGGCAUUUGGGCAUAAUCCUAGCUGUGACAACCAAAGCUCUUAUGUUGUUUUGAGGGAUGAUUCAGUCACUACUGGAGGAGCACAGCCAUGCCAGGAUGAUGAAACACUACCCGACCAAACAUUUAUUACCUCCACUCAAUCAACACUCAACAAUGGGACCUUUGUUUAUUUUCUGGGGAAGAGGAGGGGGCAAUCAGGUGUGCAGGUCUUGCAGGGAGACUGACAGCUGAGCAGGUGACGUGAGACCUCUUCUUUGUGUGAACAGGAGCAGACAUCAUGUACUUCCUUCAUACAGGAUCACAGAUACGGGACUGAAUCUGGAGGAAAGAGAUAAAUGUUGACGCCGAUGGAGGACAGAUGUGCUCCGUGUCAGAUUCUUGUCUUGGACAGGUCAUGUGAUCAGCAUGGCCACCCUGCCUCGAAGGUCUCACGGAGGUCACCUCGCCUGUCCGUCACCUGCUGAACGCCGCACCUCUGGAGGCCAACAACGCCCUCAUGAUCCUCUCAGCAGAGAUCUCAUGACUGUCUGCCAGCCCAGUAUUUGUUCCCCGUCCUCCUUCCUGUGGUUGAUUCAAGAUUGUGGAUGUCUUGCCGUCUGUUUCUCCUGCCUGACUGACUCCUCUGGCUCUGGUUGGUUCCCCCCACCUGACUCUGUCAUGGUUUCUUGAUCCUCACUGCCCUGCUGACCCACCUGGUGACAUCUGACCCCUCUACCUGGCUAUCAUGACCCUCAUGACUCUACUGUAGUUUUAAUUAUCUGGUAGUGUUGAUGUUUUUUUACUCUUUGUGGCACACAGUGACCUCUUUUUUUUACCUGUGUGGUGUGUUCACAUCAGACACGAAGCUAAUUUGUCACUUUGUUCACUCGAUUUUUACCGUUGGGUAACAUUUGUGUUUUAUUCAUGUUAUUAGUGCGAUAUGCGCCGGUUAAACAACGCCACUCUUUCUGUCAUCAGCUGUGGCCGAAAUAAUCACUAGUGCUGUUUUCUACCUGUUGUGGAAGUCCCAGAAACAUUGUAAAACCAAAUCCUGUCAUGUCUGGAUUCAUAAUGUCAUCCAGAGAUUCACACAGCUCGGUGUAUUUCACCGCCUUCUCUAGGAGCUGCGUCUGGUUGAGUGCCGCUCCAGUGCUACUACAGCUAUAUAAACCCAAAUCAAACACAUUUUGCAAUUAUUUAAUUGCAAUAAACAGAUCAAAAGUAUGCUGAAAUAAUUACCUUAUGAUGCAGAUGCAUAAAAAAGUCUGAACUUGUGCUUUGUCAGAUCUGUCUGCGAGAUGACAAGUAAACGACUUUUAAAAUGCGUGUUUUCUGAAAGGAGUUUGGAUUCCAUCAGGACUAUGCUAAGCAGGAGUUGCUUAUGGGCUUUCGCAACAUCGGUCACAAGAAUUGGCAAAUUUCAAUCUGUCCAAACGCACAGAAACGGGAAUAUCAUAUUUAUUUGAUAUAAUAUAAUAUUUUGUAUGUAAUUGCGCUGCACAAUAAAAAUGAUCAGUGUCUGGUGUAAACACACCGCAAUACACGCACCACACGCCAUCCAUUUCUAGAGAGACUCAUGCUCUGCAUUUCCAAAAGUGAUGUUCACUUGCUGUCUCCACUCACCAGAUUUGAGUGACUUUAUUUUUUUGUUGCUGUCAUUUGUUGUUGGUAAAAGGAAGAGCUUGGAGCUGACUGAUGGUACGCCUUUAGCCUUGCCUGCAGCAUCGGGGGUCCUUGGGCUUGUUUAGCCUCAAAGCUGUGGGUGCCAUCGACAAUUCUCUUCAUGUUACCUCAUUUUAAUCAGAAGUAGUCAAAAAAUAAUCAAUCUAUGCAGAUGUCAAUAUAGAGAGUGAAUGCAUUUUUAUUUCCCCAUCCUUAUUGAAAUUGUUAUCACUCAAAGUGUAAUUAACCAUCCAAUCAGAGCAGCCAAGAGAGCGGUCAGAAACUAUUUAGCCGUCAGAUUAUUUUACGUUUCUGAGACUAUGCACCUAUGCACCUCCUCUGUGUUGCAGGAAUUUUUACUACUGGUGCUUCUGCUGGUGCUCAAACUAAAUGGUGUCAGAAGACCUGGUCAAGAGCAUCUUUUAGUCCUUUUACAGUGGAGGGAUUUGAUCCCACAACGGGCUUCACAAAAAACUGUAAAAGACUGCUUUGUACAUACGAUUUGAUCUUGGGGGCUUUGUGAGCAACAAUCACUUUAAGACCCACACACAGGUGAUCUCCCACUAUGAAUACUGCUACUAUAAAUAUAUUGUAGACUAUGAAGCGGAGGAUGUUCAAUAGAUGUUUUCCUGCAGGUCUAUUUGUACCAUUGACACCCCAGUCUCUGACCUACAGUAUACUCCUGCUCCCCUCUCCCUCGUAACUCUCCUCUUCCAGCAGUAGUCUGUGUGACCUCCCCGAACAUAGUGACUUGUUUUCUCCUUCUAAACAAGGUGGCCUGUGCCUCGUAAAAACUGUACACAUAUAUGAUAGAUAUGCAUAUAUUAUACAUAUAGAGAGAAAUCUAUAGUGUGUCUAUACGUGGUCAGAAAAUCGUUUCAAACUGACAAGAUAAUAUAUGUUUUUUUCUUCAUGGUUAUUUUUCUAACUGGCUGGAGGUCAGAGAGAUGUCUUAUUAAGAGCGUUGAGCGGUGUGAUUUUCCUCUGAUUUGUACAUUGUGAGAAAACCCCUCAGCAGAAAGUUAACAUUCCCUGUCUGAAAACACAGGACAGCCCAAAAAGAAACAUAUAUAUGUAUAUAUAUAUAUAUAUAUGAGAGCUUUAGAGCAGUUUAUGGAGAAUAGAGAAGUAUAUCCAAAUCUAUCUAGAAGUCUAGAACAGAUAACAUUAUUACAUUCCUUUCUUCAGUGCAAAAACAUGUAGUUGAGCACCACUUGUGGUGACACCUUGAACAAAAAAAAAAGACUGAAUCUUGCAGCUCACAUAAGUAGCAAUGAGAUUAUGUCUGCUGCACUCAGCAGUCAGAAACUUGCACUUGUGAGUGAGGACUAUCACGUUUAACAUCCAAGUGGAGGUUUGAGUAACUCUGUCGGGAUGCAUUUCUUUCGCGUGUUUGUCGUCGAUGUCGUCUUGUAAACAGAAGUGGUGACAUACCGUACGUAACCGUGACAGCUGAUUAAGUAGAAAAACCAACACGCAUUGUUGCAGUGUAGUGGAAAAUUGAAUUAGACUGUUACAAUCCCCUACUUCCUCUCCCUCCCCUCAUGGUGCCUGUGUGUCUUCCUUAUAUGACCAAGUGUUGAUUGUUGUAUAUAAAUGUCUAUCCAUCCACCCAUCUUCCACAGACCGAGGUGAUGCACGCAUCGCCUUUAACGUGUCCGCUUCACAUGUGAACCUUUACAGCUCCUGUCACCGACCAAGAAUCAACAGAUCGUGUUUGUGUUUGUGUUUACAAAAUGUAAGAAAAGUUCUGAUUUGGAUUUUUAGAUUUUAAAAAAGGGAAGACAAUGCAAACAGACAGAGGAGCAAAAAUCCUCUCACUUCACCAUCAGGGGGGCGGAGUACGAAUCCUCCAUUUUCAGGUCCUUAUCUACUGAAUACUUGAAGUAGGGGGUUCUCCUACCAUGAUAUACCAUAUAUGAUUUACAUGGUAGAAAACAUGAAACAUUUCAAUUGUGCCCAUGCAUGCAGAGUUUUACAUAAUGUGCCAACUGAAAGCGAUGAUGUAAGGAUAAUCUCCUGUUCUCUAUGCAGAGCGAUUUCUCAACCGUUGUGUCAAAAAAAAAAAAAAAAAAAAAGGUUUAGGAGACAGAGAGGCUUAAGAGGCUGGGGCUGGUUUCCUGGGCUUAGACGAAAGACUAAUCCCGCUUGUGAAUGACUGACAUCGCACUCAGUGUGAGGUGGAGUCACAGAAGUCUGCAUCUGUGCCUGGAAGCAGCCGCGAAGAAAGAUUUGAGUUUAAAGGCCUGUAGGUUCACCAGUAAUUCCCAAAGGCCUUUGAGAAAAAAAAUGAGAAGCCUAACACACAUUUUCACUUUAUUGUUGUACACAGGUUGUUUUUCUUUUAUGUAUGUCGCUGAAAACUUUGGAAUUUAACAAAUCACUGUGACCAAUGCCAGAAACAUUUUUUGUUUUGACAGAAAUAUUGUUUACUUUUUUAUUCUUCAUUUUUGUAUUUAAGUUGUAGCUUUAUUUUUUCUAUUGUUUCCGCUUCUUGAAUAUGCCAGUUUGAGAGUGUACUAUUUGUAUAAGUAAAUGUUUUGAGCUGUACAGUAAAGACCUAGGAACAAGUAAAAUGUGAGUGUCCAGCAUGCUGAAUGAUCACUUGUGUGAACGUGAGCUAAUCUCCCAUGAAGCAUCAUUCCUCAUUCAUUACUUGCAUCUGCAUCGUGCAUUGUGACGGUGUGAUGUUGUGUUUGAGAGUGAUGUGUGUCUCACUUACUGUGUCCCCUUAGUAGACAGCCUGUACAGUUUUGUGAGAGUGAAGCAUGUUUUUGGGGUUGCUUGUGUAAAUGUAUUCAGAAGAGAGAGAGGUGUGUGUAUGCAUGUGUGUAUGCAUGUGUGUGUGUGUGUGUGUGUGUGUGUGUGUGUGUGUGUGUGUGUGUGCGCGUGCGCAUUGCUGCUUUUAUGGGUGCCGGUAUGUGUGUGUAUGUUUGUCAGUGUGUGUUAUGAAUGCAUAAGAGAAAAAUCUAUUUAAAAAAACUAUCAGAGGAAGUCCCUAGAGAAAAAAAAGCGAGAUUGAGUCAAAGUUUUGAAUGAAGCAUGGAUACUGUGAUGUUUUCUGUUUUUUAAACCUAGGAGGCUGUCCUCAGUGCCCCAGUUUGCUAUUGUAUGUGCUGUAUCAGAAUAUUACUAUUGAGUGUUGGCCAGCUUGUUUAUAUCCAUCAAAUAAAGGUGACUUUCUUUC